AGUCAUUUGUCGUUUCACAUCCGGCGUUAAAAUGCUUCAGACUAUCCUUUUACUUGUCUCAACGCAAUUUCUUCUUUGUCAUACCAAAAUAACAUGUAAGUAAUUUACUAAAAUGCUUAACGAGCAAUAAGUAAGAAGAAGAUUUUGCAUUCUAUUCUUCCAUGGUGAUAUAUGCUAAUCGAUUUCCGUCUGAAUAAACAUACCUCUACAAAUGAUUUUUUUUACAACGUAAUUUCAUCAACAACAAAAUGAUAUCUACUGUUAACGUGGUGAAAAAUUAAACUGACCUUAAAGAGCAAAAGAAAGAAAGUAAAAAAAAAUGCAUUGUUUUAUUAGAGAAUAAUAAAGAUUGAUGAUUAAAAUGAUUAACAUUCUCUAACUCAAUUAAUAAUUACUUGCAAAUGAAAAACCUGCAAUAGGAAAUGUAUAUAUACUAAAAUAAUAGAGAAUAAUUUUCUUUCCCUUUUUUUAAUUGAUAAGGUACUCUAAAACCGAAUGAAGAGGUUAAGGUGAUAUAUAUGCAUGAUCCACCUUACAUUAUGAAAAAUGAUAAAGAUAGUGAACCAACCGGAUUUAUUGUCGAUAUCUUUACCAGAAUGAAGGAAAAAUUGAACAUAAAAAUAAAGUAUCAAUUGAAUGAAGAUGGCGGAUAUGGCAGACUGAAAAAUCCUGAUGCUGAUGAUUCUAAACCAGAAAAUUGGAAAGGCAUGAUAGGGAGAGUUGCUAGAGGUGAAGCGUGUAUGGCCGUACCAUUAACUAUAUCUGCUAGAAGAGAAAAAGUUAUUGAUUUUUCAAUUCCCAUUCAUCGAAGUGGUAUAUCUAUUCUAGCAAGAAAAGCUUAUACCCAAGACCAUUUUGAGAACGAAUACUCUUAUACAUUUAACAUUUUUACACCUUUCGAAGUAUCUGUAUGGUUUUCGUGCGCAAUUGGCUUUCUUGCGGUUAGUCUAUUGUUGUGGGGAAUGAAUAGGUAUAAUCCAUACGAAUGGGGUUUAAGAUAUGAUUUGGGAAGAGCUACUGAAUAUCAAGCCCAGUCAUUUAACUUUACUGGUUCUCUGUGGUUCGCUUAUACCACGCUGCAAUGGCAAGGAUACGAGAGAAGUCCUCGUUCCUUAUCUUCAAAAGUACUUUCAGCUUUCUGGUUUAUGUUUGUAACUUUGACAAUAGUAACUUAUACUGGAGCACUUGUAAAUAAUCUGUUUUGGGCAAGUACUGCCCAUUAUAAGGAUUUUACUAAACCUGAAGUUUACGAUAUUUAUCACCUUGUUGGAAGCAAUAAAUUUGACUAUGGAGUAAUUCACGGAGGAGCAACUUAUAACUAUAUAAAACAGAGAAGCUUGAGGCUUGACAGCACAGCUCAGCUAAUGAUGGCUUACUGGCAAGAUGAAAAGAGAGGAGCAAAGUAUUUAUUUAAUUCAAUGGCACAAGCAAUGCACGUGAUGGAGAAUAAUAAGACAAAGAAAUUCGCAUUGAUAAUAGAAACUGGAACUGCACGAUAUCAAGCAAACAAUGCAAAACGAUGUGAUUUUGCAGUGGUUCCUAGAGAGAUUCAUACAAGGGAUAUAGGAAUUGCUCUUCCACAGAAUAUAGACAAAGAUACAAGAGAUAAAUUGAAUAAGUUUUUGUUAAGUAUUAAAGAAUCGGGUGAAUUAUUAGAUUUGGAAACUAUUUGGUUUGAAGGAUUAACCCACUGCGCAAUUAUCAAUCGGGAACAAGAAAAUCAUGUAAGAAUAUCUAUGACAGAAUUAAAUGAGCCGAAACGAAUAGAUCUUAGUAUAUUCAAAGGAGCAUUAAUACUCAUUUCUGUUGGUUUAGUUAUGUCACUUUUUGUUGGAAUUGGUGAAAUUCUUUACUUUAAGUAUAAAGGAAGGUAUCAAUCGAGCAAUCAACCUGGAGGACAACAAUUAAAAAUUGAUGAGGAUCAACAUAUUUAA